AUCAGGCUAUACAAUCGUCGACGAACGUGGUCCGUGGUGAACACGAUUAAAAUAAACAUCGAACCUGCUCACCUGCCGAUCAGAUCGCUUCUCCCACUCGAUCGAAGGGAGUUCGUCGAAACCGAGACACUCCCUAUACAACAACGAUAAGGGACCUCUAUUCCCAUGGAAAAACAUAUUCUAUAUGAUGUUCUCAUAUUUCAUGAUGAUUCAUUGAAUUUCGAUCCUUCUUUUUAUUUUCACGUCAAUGGAGGACGUUUGAAUUUUUCUUUUUUACAUUUUUUUCUUUCUUCUUCGACUAGAUCGAGAGUCUGAAAAUCCAUUCGGAUUAUGUCUGGAAGAUGUCACAAUUGCAGCAAUAAGAAGAAGAAUAUCGCGGUUCAUAAGAUGAGCACGCACGUACAUUUAUGAUAAAACCUGCUCAGUUCAACGCUAAAUUUUUAUAUCGUCUGUCAUAUCUGAACCUGAUAUUUUCCAGUAUCUAUGAUAUCCUUCUCCACUUCCUUUGGAUUUGUCUUGUCGACCACAGACGCUACGGUAUUUCGCCUGCGGGAUGUACCCAUACAAAUCGCAGCUGGGUUUUGUUUAAAAAUAUUCGUAGAAAAAUAUGCCAAAUUUAAUUAUAAAAACUACUCUAUCGAUACUUGACAAACCACAGGGACAACUGGAAGGUAAUUAUUCAUCGUGAAAGAUACAUGAAUGGUCAGAGGUUGUACGGAUCCGUCGAAGGACAUGGAGGUUUCCUGAGCGUGGAGACCAUAAUGAAUUUCUGGUCAGCCUGGUAGAGCGAAAAUCCGAAAUCUUAUCACGAACAAACGAACACGAGGACAGAUGACGCAAGUUAACGCGGUUUGUGCGGUUUCCGUCGUCGAAAUCAUUCGUCAAAAAAUCAACGUCUUUUUAUCACCAGUCCUCAGCGAAUCUCCUCAGAUUACAUACAUGUAGAACUGAUAAUUGUACAACGGUGUUCGGUGCAGUUGAUAGUUGAUUAUUUUUUGGAAGAAACUUCGCGAGGGUUACUUACCAAGAGUCAUCUACUUGACGACGAAAGUUGUCUGUUACGAGAUUAAACCACCUGGCGCAUGGAAAUGAUUUUUUCUUGGACAUUAAAAUGUCUGAUUGCGACCCAUUUAAUUUCGCUGGCAAUAAACACUGUCGGAGACGUCGUUAUGUCGCGCGACUUUAUAACAAACGGAGAGGACAGGCAAGCCCGGCUGACUUGUACCACCGACGAUGACCUAGGAACAGUCGUUUGGAAAUCGUACGGACAAAAUGAAAAAAGACACUGUGCGAAUGACUGUUGCGACAUCCAAUGGCAUCUCGAAAAUUCAAAAUGGUAUCGAGUCAAAUAUCCACGCAUAUUCACCUGGAAUAAUCGAGUGAUAGGGUCUCAUAGUGUGUCCACCAGAACUGAAAAUGCCACGCUUUCGACGCAUCCAAUAUCACUGGCUGGGAAUCAUUUCUGUAUUAAACUUGCAGUUUAUCUUUGUCCGCAAUGCGAAUUAGUCAUCGGACUGACAGCUUCGAGUACUACUGCACGUCAGUUUUCUGUAAGAAACAAAUUGAUAAAAUCAGGAAAACCUAUACAAAAAAAAGUCGUGCUGCGAAUAACUCUGAAGUGGAUAUUUAAUGGUACCGAGUAUCCUUCGGCAGCAGUCUUGCAUUUCAGGACAAAACUCCAAAGGAACCCCACCACCGUGGCUGGAUGGGAGAUCAGUUAUUUUCGCGAGUGUCGACAAUCGGUUACCGGACAGACGUGUAGUUUAUACGAUAAUACGGAGAAGUGGAGUGAAAGCAAUUACAAAAAUAUCUCAUGCCAGGAAUUAUCGUAUACCACCGCUAGCUCUAUGGUCAAAUGGGUCAGCCCGAGUAAUUCCAACAAUAUUUCAAGUAAUCUGCGAGAAUAUCUUCAAGGCAAUAAGCCGGACAUCCUCAAAUUAAACUGCUCCGAAUCCUGUAAGGGGACGUUUAUUUGCGACGAGUCUGGCUGUGUCUGCGGUCCUGGAUUCACGGGCAGCGAUUGCGAGGAUCAAAUAGACAUUGGUUCUGAUCUCGAAGAAACCUCAAAGGUUCAAUUGGGUUCUACCGAGUGGUUCUUCAUUUUUUUAACCAUCGUAGCUGUCUUCAUUUGUCUCAUCCUCACUUUUCGUAGAAUACUUGCACGGAACAUCAAACGAACAUGUUCAACUCUCGAACAAUCAUUCGCACCGUCGCAAAUCUUACAAUUAGUCAAUAAAACGGACUCAUUAGAACUUUGCGCUGUAACUGGAACAGCUCAAUGGAACCGCCAUCCGGGCCCCGUUAAAAUCAAAGACUUCGAAGAGUAUGUUAAAAAUUCAAUCAUUAAUGGAUCGCUAAGUUCGCAAUUUGCGAUGUUUCCUAAACGAUUGAAUAAGCCCUGCGAAUUUGGAGCACUACCGGUGAAUGCAGUGAAAAACCGAUACAAGAAUAUACUACCAUAUGACGAAACGCGAGUUAUCUUGGCAACCGAUGAGAAUAACUGUCGCUCCGACUAUAUCAACGCGAACUACAUCGGGGGCUUGGAAAAUGAAAAGGCGUACGUAGCCACGCAGGGUCCAAAACGAGAAACGCUUGACGACUUUUGGAGGAUGGUUUGGGAAGAAAAUUCUACGUUAAUAUGCAUGCUUACAAAUAUCCAAGAACAUCGAAAGAACAAAUGCGAGCAAUACUGGCCAGAAAUUGGAACAAGUCAUAAAUACGGUAACAUCGUGGUAAUGACCACAGACCAACAAAUAUUUUCAGAUUACACUUACAGGUCAUUUCGCGUUAGAUGUGACGAACAAGUAUCACGAAAAAUUGAACAACUGCAUUACAUGGCAUGGCUCGAUCAUGUGAUACCAACGCACAUGCAUUCGAUAAUAGCCUAUCUGAAAAGAAUGCUUAGGAAACGAACAGAAGGACCUGUAAUCGUUCACUGUAGUGCAGGCAUCGGAAGAACCGGUACAAUUAUUUUAUGCGACAUAUGCUUGCGUCAAGCUGCCGUUAAUGGGACAGUCAACGUCCUUUAUGAGUUCAAGAAGUUACGUGAAUCUAGAACGAACAUGAUAAACAAUGAACUGCAAUAUGUAUUCGCUCAUGUGGUUCUAGUAGAAUAUUUGACAAUGCAUCGAAGCGAACUACCCUGCGACAAUCAGCUGCCCCUAACUAUAGAAGAGCACAAAAAGCAAGUGCCGUUUCACCUACAAAGACUUCGUAACACCGAGUGGCAAGAUCAGGCCUUGCAACACUCCCUGAUAUCGUCGACGCCGAGACUACCGCGGGCUGAACACCUUGCGAAAAACAGAUUUCCGGAACUUGCACCAGAUCGCUCUGCUCUGAUAUACCUGCCACGAUAUCCAAUACACGAUCCCAACAGUGAUUACAUCAACGCCGUUGUCGUCGACGGGUUUACAGUUAAAAGGCAAUUUUUGGCAUCGCAAUUACCAAUGCCCUCAACCCUAUCUGACUUAUGGAGAUUGAUAGCCGAUCAGCAAAUACAAUGCGUCAUAGUUUUACAGAAACCUGACCCGCUUGAUCCCACAUGUUGUGAGAUCAUCCCCGGUGAAGAACUAGUUGAUGAAGUACCAUUCAUAAAUGUGAAAACAAUUUCAAAAACGGUCGACGAUGCAAAUUUUGAAAUUGACGAAUUGCUGCUUACCGACACAUGGGGGGCCGAAAUAAGCUCUCAGGACGUAACUGUUAUCACAUGCCUAGGAUGGGGUUUAGGAAAAGAUGGCAAACCACCGCCCCCCGAAGUAUUGGUUUCGCUUUGGUUGAAAUCGGAAAACGUUCGCAUUCGAGAACAAGGGCCAACUCUCGUUCUUUGCCUCGACGGUGUCACUGGCUGUGGUCUCUACCUGGCUCUGAGUUUCCUGCUGGAACGAAUGGCUGUGGAACGGGAAUGUGAUGUUAUUCUGGCAGCGCGUGCCGUUCGCCGUUCGAGACAAGAAUUUUUACAGUCACAGGAACAAAUUGAGUACCUUUAUGACGCAGCAGCGACAUACAUCACAACUUUCGAAAUGUAAGUCAAUUUUAACUGAUUAUGAGUAACGCGGAUCGGUAAGAAUAAAGACACGGUACAGGUCGUAUAUAAAAUAAUC